AUGCGUACCCAACAGCUUCUCGCUCUCGCCGGCCUCGUCCUCGCCGGGAACGUCGCAAUUGCAGCCAAAUUGGAGCAAGACGAUGUCCCAAAUCGCUGCUGGGAGGCUUGUGGCUCCGUAGUCGGAGUCUCCAGACGCUGUGAUAACCAACAUGACAAUGACUCUGCCGAAAUGCAGUGCAUCUGCAACUGGCAAGCAGCCAAGACGCAGAUUCCUCUCUGUGCGGCCUGUAUUACCCAGUAUGCCCCCCGCGACAAUGACCGUGAUGAUGAUGAUGACGACGAUGGCGAUAACGAUAAUGAAGCCCUUGACCUCGUCCAGUCGUGCAAAUUUAGCACAACCACCUACAACGCUGCUGCAGAUGCUACCAAUCUUAGUGCCUCGGCCACUGGCACUACUGAUUCUGCAGCAACAGUUGCUACCACUGCGGCAGCUAGCGGAGCAACCGCUACUUCUGGCUCUACCAGCAGCUCGUCUCGAGCUCCGUCCGGAGCUACGAGCGGCGCGGCGACCGCCAGUUCAACUGGUGCUGCCGUGGGCCUGACAGCUCCAAGCGUUGUCUCCCUGGCCGCCGUAGCUGGUCUCAUGCCACUCGCCUGGCUGUAG